CUUAUGAGACGAGGGAGUACUUUUUAUAUUUUUUUAACUUAGAAAGUUUAUUCAAGUACCAAUUAUUCAUCUCCGCCUCGUCGAAACGGCGAACAACCAUGUAUUCUGUUGCACUUCUGCCCUGCCGCACCGCCGCUGUGAAGCCACCCAAUCACGAAGUCGCUAUUUGGCCCUCUGCAACCGGAAAGAAUAGAUUCAAGGUAACGGAAAAUUGUAUUCAUAUUCAAUAUUUGAAUCCAUUUUCUAACAACAGUGUUCCCUUUCUAACAACAAUGUUCAACUUCAAUAGAUUAACUCCACUAUCUCCAAACCCUAAUCCUCUUCUCCACCGCUACCCAUCACUAUUUUCCCUUCAUUUCUCCACCAACACUUCCGAUUCAACCUCAUCCACCGUCUCAGAUUCAAAACCUGACUCUGUUCUCAACUUCUUCAAAAACCACGGUUUCUCAGACUCCCAACUUCACAGCAUGAUUGCCAGGGUACCUGGCCUACUUUCCUACAACCCCUCCAAAAGGAUCUUACCAAAGUUUCAAUUUUUACUCUCCAAAGGGGCUUCUAACUCCGACAUUGUUAACCUUGUCAGUAAGAACCCUAGAGUCUUGUCUCCUAGCUUGGAGAAUCAUAUAGUCCCAACCUAUGAAUUGAUUUAUAGAUUCUUGCAAUCAGACAAGAACGUUAUUGCUUCUGCAAUUCAGAGUCCAGUUUUACUCUUUGAUCAUCGUGUACCGCGUAACAUUGCAAUGCUGAUUGAGAAUGGAGUGUCGGACUCUAACAUUGCUAGAAUGCUUCGGAUUUGGAGUCGGAUAUUUAGUGAGCGCGACACGCUGAAGUUUGUGGAGGAAGUGAAGAAUUUGGGGUUUAAUCCUUCGAAAACAGUCUUCUCGAUAGCAUUGAUUGCAAAAACAUCGGUAAGCAAAAACUUGUGGGAGGAAAAAGUUGAGGUGUUUAAGAAGUGGGGUUGGUCGGAUGAAGAUGCUCUUGAAGCAUUUAGAAAGAACCCUUAUUGUAUGUUAACAUCUGUUGAUAAAAUAAAUUUAGUGAUGAGCUUUUGGGUGAAUCAGCUCGGUUGGGGUGCUAUGGCCCUUACGAAAGCACCAUAUAUUUUAUCGUCAAGUUUGGAAAAAAGGAUCAUUCCGAGGGCUGCUGUUGUGCAAUAUCUUCUCGAUAAAGGUUUGAGAAAUAAGAGUGCAAGCUUAACUAGUCCAUUUGUAGUGUCCGAGAAGAUGUUUUUGGAUAAGUUUAUAAAACGUUUUAAGAAAGAGUCUUCUUAUCUAUUAAAGUUGUAUGAGGAAAAACUCAUCAAUCCUGCCUACACUAGGAAUGAUAAGACAUGCAUGCCGUAAUCAGAUUUUCAGAUAUUUCCAAGAAAUCUUAUUGAUGCCAGAAUAUGUUGUUGGAUUUGAAAUGGUUUUAAGUCUGUAACCAUAAUGGUAGCUGUGCACUUGUGAAGACCAGCCAUGCAUCAAUCAAUAUCAAAGUUGCACUUGUGGUUUUGGAUUUGUGGAGCACAGUUUUAUAAUAUACUACUUAGUAGAUAUCACUGUGCUACAUCCAAGAAGGUCUUACGAUUAUACCUGAAUAGGUUGCCUGUAAAUACCAAAACUGUAAUCGUGGUUGUGGACUACAAUUAUUUAAAACGCGUAACAGUCAUAUUUUGUGUCAUAGUCAUGCCAGGUCUUGCAUAGCACUUGAUUUUGUCACAUUUUGGCGUCUUGUAAUUUAUCAAUUUUUAUUGGUUGUCAGCUGCCACUUUUUUCUUUUUAAUCUGGCAGCAUUUUUCCAGAAAUUAGUUUCAAUACUCCUGAACAGUUAUAAUUGGACAUUCCAAAUUAAUGUGGUGACAGUUUUUAGGAAA